GGCUCGGGUUUGCGGUGUGGAGGAGGAGGGAGGGUGGUUGUGUUCGCCGCUGCAGCAAAGGGCGUCGGGGGUAAGGAGGGCGGCCAGCCGGAGGAGCAGACGCCGAGGAGGCACGAUGCCCACCGUGGAGGAGCUCUACCGUAAUUACGGCAUCCUAGCCGACGCUAAGGACACCGCUCCGGAGCACAAAGAUGCUUAUCAAGUUAUCUUGGAUGGUGUCAAAGGGGGUGCUAAGGAGAAGAGAUUAGCAGCACAGUUUAUUCCAAAGUUCUUCAAACAUUUUCCCGAAUUGGCAGAUUCUGCUAUAAAUGCUCAGUUGGAUCUUUGUGAAGAUGAAGAUGUUUCGAUCCGACGCCAGGCAAUUAAAGAAUUACCUCAGUUUGCUAUGGGUGAUAACCUCCCUAGGGUAGCAGACAUACUUACCCAGCUUCUGCAGACAGAUGAUUCUGCAGAAUUCAACCUGGUUAACAAUGCUUUGCUUAGUAUAUUUAAGAUGGAUGCUAAAGGUGCUCGAGGACGUGACAGGGGAAGAGUUUGUCUUAUUCAUGAAGAUACUAUCUGGCUUAAAAAACCUUCAGACAGUAAGUGGGAGGCAACAAUUAGUUGAACUAGUGGCUGAACAGGCUGACCUUGAACAAACCUUCAAUCCAUCGGACCCUGAUUGUGUGGACAGACUCUUACAGUGCACUCGCCAAGCAGUUCCACUGUUUUCUGAAUACAUGCCACUUCCUCCAGAAGAAGCAGAGAAUGGGGAGAAUGCAGGCAAUGAAGAGCCUAAGUUACAAUUUAGCUAUGUGGAAUGCUUGUUAUAUAGCUUUCAUCAACUAGGACGGAAACUUACAGAUUUCCUAACAGCAAAGUUGAACACAGAUAAAGUGAAAGACUUUAAAAUCAG